AAAGAAGAGGAGAACAUCUGAGAAAAGAAGAGGAGAACAUCUGAGAAAAGAAGAACACAUCCAAACAGCUGUCCAAGGUAGUUAUUGGGAAAAAUGCUUUAAUCUCACAAAUAUUUAUUUGGAAUGUUUUUUUGUUUUGUUUUUUGUUUUUUUGCUUGCAUGCUAAAAAGGUUACUACACACAGGGUCAGAGAAUACUCUUCUUUCUGCUUUUCAGUCCGUUUUGCAUUUUUAAAAAUGCAUUUACAGGCAAGUCAAUCCAAAAUCAAGUAUAAUGUUAUUAAUGUUUUUGCUUCCCCCCCAAAAGAAGAAGGUGAAAAACUGCUAAAAAAAAAAAAGUUUCUAAAACACCUACAGGUCAGUUUACAUGUGUUGGACAGUCAAUUUAGGUUCUUUUCAUUUAUGCUUUUUUUUUCUUCUUCAGAUUUGUGUACUUUUUUGCCAGUAUUUUUUACCCUAUAUUUACAAGAGUGCGAUGAAAUCUUUCCAUUCGGGAGUAAUUUUAUGCUAUCACUCAAUAAGUGCUACCUCUGGAAUUCAGAUGUGGGUCCACUGUGGAAGUUCUGAGUGGUCAAAAGUUUCCACCUUAGAUCAUCUAGCCAAUAAGAAGAGUCUACGCGUCUUUCUUUCUCUGUGUGCAUGCAGUAGCAACAGACUUCUGCUCUGCUACUUCUUACUUAACCUUUGCUUAAUUAUGAGGAGAAGAAAGGAGUUCAAGUUUUUUUCUGCACAUUAACCAAUGUAUAUAAAAAUAUUUUUGUAUAGAUUACCCAAAUGCACCUCUUGUCUUUCAGAGUGAAAAUCGAAAUCGUUGACAACUAUGAAUAUGAAAACGUAUCAAGGCUUUCAUUGCUACCCAAAAAUACAGAAAGCAUGUUGGUAUCCAACCUCAUUGCUCUGUGCCUUUUGGCUGUGGCCGUGUCCAGUGAGGACAAAAAGCUGAGUCCCCAUGCAACCUCCAUGGCAGACACCAGCACUAACCUGGCCUUCAAUCUCUACCACAAUAUUGCCAAAGAAAAGGAUCUUGACAACAUCCUCAUCUCUCCAGUGGUGGUGGCCUCCUCUCUGGGAAUGGUUGCCAUGGGGGGCAAAUCCUCCACUGCAUCCCAGGUGAAGAGACUCCUGAAGGCUGACACCCUGAAGGAUGACCAUCUGCACACAGGCCUGUCCGAGCUUCUGACUGAGGUGAGCGACCCCCAGGCCCGCAACGUAACGUGGAAGAUCAGCAACAGGUUGUAUGGCCCCAGCUCUGUCAGCUUUUCUGACGACUUUGUCAAGAACAGCAAGAAGCACUACAACUAUGAACACUCGAAGAUCAACUUCCGUGAUAAGAGAAGCGCCAUUAACUCCAUCAAUGAGUGGGCUGCCAAGUCAACUGACGGAAAGCUGCCAGAAAUUACCAAGGAUGUGAAAAACACAGAUGGGGCUAUGAUCGCCAACGCAAUGUUCUUUAAACCCCACUGGGAUGAGAAGUUCCACCACAAGAUGGUUGACAACCGUGGUUUCCUGGUUUCCCGCUCUCACACGAUCUCUGUUCCAAUGAUGCAUCGCACAGGUAUCUACGGCUUCUAUGAAGACACACAGAACAAGCUGCUUAUGAUCAGCAUGCCUUUGGCACAUAAGAAGUCCAGCAUGAUUUUCAUCAUGCCCUACCACGUGGAGCCUCUUGAAAGGCUUGAGAAACUGCUCACUCGCCAGCAGCUGGAUACCUGGGUCAGCAAGUUCGAGGAGAGAGCGGUCGCCAUCUCUCUGCCUAAAGUCAGCAUGGAAGUCAGCCACGACCUUCAGAAACAUCUAGCAGAACUUGGUCUCACUGAAGCUGUGGACAAGUCUAAGGCAGACCUGUCCAACAUUUCUGGCAAAAAAGAUCUUUACCUUGCCAGUGUCUUCCAUGCCUCUGCCUUGGAGUGGGACACAGAGGGAAAUCCAUUUGACAACAGCAUUUAUGGUAGCGAGAAGAUCAGGAACCCCAAGCUCUUCUAUGCCGACCAUCCCUUCAUUUUCCUUGUGAAAGACAACAAGACCAACUCCAUUCUUUUUAUUGGCAGGCUAGUUCGGCCUAAGGGUGAUAAAAUGAGAGAUGAAUUGUAACUUUUAGGCUAUUUGAAUUUUCUGAUGUUUUAAAAUGGUAUUGUUGUUAUUAAUGGUUUGACUGUUACCUCAUGU